UUCUGCUUCUGGGGAGGUGAUCUGCCCUGGUUACUGAGAUAAAGCUUGCUUCUAGCUCUCAGCUCCAUUUAUCUGUUACGAAAAGCAGCUUGUUCUCCUUCGCUUUGUCUCGUCCUUCCUGCUUCGAAGUCUUGCUAGAAACUCAACGAGCUGCGUAUAAGAACUUCUCAACUGUUGAGCAAUUGAAAAUGCUACUCAACACGAUUGCAGUGCUCGCGACCUUUGUGUCGAUUGGUCUUGGGGCAGAGACAGUUCUAGGAGUCUAUAUCUUUUCUCGCCAUGGCGACCGAACAGCCAAAUCCACGCCUCCUGCCAAGUUGACAGAUCUUGGAUACGCAGAGGUGUUCAUGUCUGGUUCCUUCUACCGUGAUAGAUAUGUUUCACAGAAUGCCACUCGGCCCAUCUUUGGCCUCAGUCAUGAUGUUGUGUCGGCAUCACAGAUCACUGCCUCUGCACCAGCUGAUGAUGUCCUUCAGCACUCAGCCGUUGGAUUCCUCCAGGGUUUAUACCCUCCUGUAGGCAGCACACUUGGCCAACAAACCCUCCGCAAUGGAACGGUUGUCCAAAGCCCACUCGAUGGAUACCAAAUCGUGACGCUGCAACAAGUGACCAAUGGCGCCAAUAGCGAGAACAGUGCCUGGCUACAAGGGUCAACCAACUGCGCCAAUGCUCAAAUCUCAUCCAACAACUAUUUCACCUCGGCCGAAUACCUAGACACCUAUUCUCGCACGCAAGAUUUCUACCAAGCAUUGUCACCAAUGAUCAAUGGCACCUUCACCUCUGCACAAACGAGCUUCAAAAAUGCGUAUACAAUCUAUGACCUGCUGAAUGUAGCAUCAAUUCACAAUACUUCGUCAAAUUUCCCCAACGCGGACCUGCUGACACCCGAGACCUUCUUCCAGACUCGGACGUUGGCAGAUCAGCACGAAUUUGGGCUUGCAUACAACUCAUCCGAACCCAUUCGGGCAGUGGCCGGUUCCAUCAUGGCAGGCCAAGUGGUCGAGGCGCUCAACGGGACAAUAACCGGCAAGGGCAAAAACAAGUUCAACAUUCAAUUCGGCGCGUAUGGAGGCAUGUUGUCGUUCUUUGGCUUGGCAAAGCUGACCGAGGUGGACGCCGCCUUCUUCGGUGUGCCUGACUAUGCCUCCAGCUUAUCGUGGGAGCUGGUCACCAACGCGACAGUCAGCAACACCUCGUUCCCAGCAGAGACUGACAUCAGCGUCCGAUUCUAUUUCCACAACGGUACCACAAGCGAGGCAUCCCAACCGGUAGAGUUCCCCCUGUUCGGCACAAACCAAAGCCCAUUGCCCUGGGCUAAUUUCACCGCGGCAAUGGCCGAGUUCAGCAUCUCUGGUCAGCCCCAAUGGUGUCAAGCUUGUGGGAACAGCACAGGUGUAUGUUCUCCUAGCGCCUUGGGAAUCGCCAACUCUACGGCUGAUACAUCGGAGAGCGGUAAUAGUGGAGGUAUCUCCAAAGCCGUGGCAGGUGUGAUCGGUGCAAUGGUCACGUUGGGCGUUAUCCUGGGCAUUGAACUCGUUAUUAUCCUGGUUGGUGGCUAUAGACUGGUCAGUAAGAAGAGGCUUGCCCGAUCGGCCAGCUAUGACAGCAGUCCAGGUGAGUUGGGCAGAGGAAACGUCGAGCCCAAGGCUUGAUAGGGAUCGAAUUUGUACUCUGUUGAUUUGAAAGAGAGGUUCCAUUUGAAAUGUUUGGAACUGGAGAUUGCAGAAUGAGCUCCAUAUCAGCGUCAUCUUUCUCGAACUUUUCGAGUUGCCGCUUCUCAAACCACUUGAUGGUGCAAAAGGUUAGGCUUGUGUAGCCUGUGCUAGAAUACCAGCUGGCAAACUCUUCGAUACACGCAGACAGUGGUGUUAAGUAAAUACGAUCUUGAACACUGUUGAUGUCCAUAGGCCCUGGAGGUCGAUAUAUUGUCUCAGCAUAUUCCG